AUGGCGACCCGGGUGUCAGUGCCAGACCCGAGGAGGAUCUCAGGUGUCCCCCUCCUUUCCUCGGACGAUGAAGAGCCCGGUUCCGCCGAGAACCGUGGAUUCCUUGGGGAAUCCACGGUGGUCCGCUGCCAGGGAAUGCAGCGGAGUGCCAGCGAACUGGAAUUGCCCCUGUCGCCUAGUCAGUUGCGGGGACAUGUGAGUUGCGUCACCAUCAGCAAGGGUUGUCCCGCUCAUCGCUCCCUCCCCAUGGUCAAAGGAGGAGGAGGUGAAAGUGUGCGGAGUUCGUCGUCCACAUCCUCGGACCGGCUGGCUCGCUCACACACGGUGCACGAGUGCAGCGUGAGGACGCAUGCUCAUCCCCGGCCCCGGGUCCGCAUCGCCGGAGCCAACGUUCUCAGUGUGUGUGUGAACGACGAGGAUGAGCGGAGCAGCGAGGGGAGCGGCAGCAGCGGCGGUGGCUCCUCUCCGCGCAGUCACAUCCAAACUCAGUGCCAACCGCUGGAUCUCCUCCAGCCGCUGAACCAGGUCCGCGUCGUCACCCAUCACGCCGAGGUCCAACCGUCCAGGUCCACGGUCGACACUCAGACGGAGGAGGCGACGGUGAUGGGGACGCGCCAGCCGCGGAACAACGAGAGACGCGACCGACGUCGUCGCGAACGCCGGCGUCGUCGCAACAACAAUACCAACGCGGAUAAUGGUGGUUUGGGCCGGACGACGAGAGUGAGUGAGAACGAUUCCAGCAGUGUCCCUCGUCAGACGGAAGUGGGGAUGGGGAUGGGGAUGGGGAUGGGACUUGGACUACAAGAACAUCAUCUGCCGGAUAUUCUACAUUCGCACCUUCCACCACCCUAUUCGACCCUUCCGCACACAUCGGAGAGGUCAGCCCCUCCCCCUCCGCCUCCCCCAUUCGGUGCCCCCCCACACGUGCCGCUGUUAGGAUUCGGAGCACCCCCACCUCCGCCUCCGCCGCCACCCCCUCCGAGAAGACUCCCCGGGUGGCUCGAGAGACACCCCUUCCCCAUGCCGGGCAAUCGACGUCGGAGAUGCGGGAGCCCCCGAUUCGGAGGAGAUAUGAGUGAGGAGCCGAAGAGUUGUUGCGGUUUGGUGGUGAACCAGGCGGCAAGUAUUCGCUGGUUCAUCGUCCUCAUCGCCUUCGUCGGCCUCUGCUGCGCCGUCGUCGGCACCGUCUUGGGUGCCCUUCGUGCCACCGGACGGGAGCACCUCACCGUCUCCUUACUCAUGAUCGGUGUGGGGAUAGUGCUGAUCACUGUGAGUGGGAUCGCGUGGCGAUUGACAUCGCAGGAGGCGUUCACGACAUCUUGCCGGCUCAUGUUAGGUUUGAGCAACCCGGAGGACUUGCCGCCUGGCACCAUCGGCGUUGGGGCUGAGCCUGGCCGCCGGUUCAUGGCUCGGCUCCCUCCCGCCUACGGACGCCCUCAUCACCCCUUCGCAGCCAUGCUUUAUCCAGAAUUCCAGUACCGACCCCCUCCGCCGUCGUAUCAGGCGUCGAUGCAAGAGUAUCGGUUGAGGUUGCUCCUCCUGGAUCGGCACCACAGCGCCCCUGCUGCCAUGUCUCCUCCGCCCACUUAUCGCUCCAAUGUCAGCGGCACCCUCAGGCCUGCACUGACAUUGAGUCGAGAAAGUGACCUGAGUCGACCCCCGAGCUAUCGAUCCCGAUCGAGUUCGGUGAACCCACGACCCAACGGGGACCUGGGAACGGGACCCAGCGACCCCGGACACCAUCACAGCCGAGAUCCUUCCCUCUCGCUCAGUCUUCUGUCGCACGAGUCGCUGUUCGGGAAUCCCCAGCAAUCUCCGCCGUCUGGGAACGUGGUGAGCAUCAGGAGCAUCUGCGAAGACGAGGCCAAACUAGUGCCUGGACCCGUGGGGGACCUGGAUGCGAACGGACGCAAGUGUAAAGACGGGAACCUGGUCACCAUCGUUCAGACCACUGACUCCAGCCAGGUGAUCGGGCAAGAGUCUGUGAUAGUCACCGUGUCUGGAUCCCAUCAGCCCCUCAGUCCCUGUCAGUCCUCCCCGGGGCACACUUGGGGAGAGGUCCAAGUGCUCGCUCAUUUGUGAUGAUGCCCUCCUGGGAUGUGUUAACGAAUCCAUCCGCCGAAGGAAUAUCCGCGCUUCUUUCGGUCGAAUGCGGGCGUGCAUUCGCCUCGCUGGUCCGGGAAAACCAGGUCGUGGCGUAUGGAACUAAGGUUGGGCAUCGAUGUCGGAUGUGUCUUCAUCGUGAGCCAUUUUGGCACAUCCCCCUGUUCUUGUUUUAUUGUCUAGUCCGUUCGUUUUGGCCAGAUGUGUGACCCAGUAGAUGUGUGCGAGGGAAACAUGAGUUGCUAUGACCGAGAGUUAUCAGGUGCUUCUAUUGCUCAUGCUCGUGAACUUCCUUUUAUAUGCCCUGGUUAGAGUUCAUCAUCUCUGGGGAUUUAUGACCUUUUUUGCCUGAAACCCGACUACCCGUACCCUAACCCCAUUUUGUUGUACGGUACUCAGAAGUACUCUGUUUUUGUGCUUGGAGGAAUUUCCUUUGUUCCUCCUGCCCACAUUCACCUUUCAAUCCACUACUAUGCAGUGGCUAAUUAGAAUCUUCGUUUUUUGUCACCCACGUAGGAGACUAGAAUUCUAUGCAGAUAUUUGAUCGUUUCUUGAACCUCGUAUCAUUCCCGUGGCACGCGAGACGAAGGAAGAAAUGCUAUUCCGAGGCAUAUGUGCAUUUUCUGCCCUAUCUCGAUUUCACACGGCACUGAGGAUUCGACCGAGGUACCAUAAGAACGCUGAGAUAUUGUGAUUGUUGUACACAGCCAACAUAGCUUUUGUCCCUUUUUGUGCAUCACUUUCCUCGUUUGCCGUUCUGAAUUAUGAAACAGAAAAUAAAAAAUAUUUUCACUCAUGCCGAG